AUGUCACAAUAUUCCACAACCCCAUCUCGUCUCAAAGUCAAUUUUAAGACCACGGAGUCACCAAAACCAGCCGAGGUUGCUAAUAAUGGGUCAACAAUACCAUCACCAGCCAACAAAACAAGAGCAAAAUCAGUGCCUCCAGAUGUGAAGAAAGACACCAAGGCAAGGAAGUCGCUGGUGGGGAACAGCAAGCCAAAAUCUGGAGAGCAGGUUGUGGGAUCUCAAAAAGGUAGGGAGAGCGAGGAUGUUAGAGUGGUGGAUCGCUCUGUAAACCGACCAGUUAACGAGCAAUUUGCUAGGCCAAGGAGGCAGAGGCCUGUAUUGGACUCUAUUAAUGCUAGUAGAAGAAAUGAAGAAGAGAGUUAUAAAAAGGGAUUGCACGAGAAACUUGAAUUGACUGAGACUUUGGUUAAGGAUUUGCAGUCUGAGGCAUUGGCUUUGAAGGCAGAAUUGGAUAAAGCCAAUAGCUUGAAUGAAGAGCUCGAGCUGCAGAACAAGAAGCUCACUGAGGAUCUUGCUGCUGCUGAAGCUAAGGUUUCAGCUCUGAACACUCGUCACCAGGAGUCUGCUGGAGAGCACCGGAGACCCAAAUUUAAGGACAUUCAGAAACUUAUUGCCAAUAAAUUAGAAAAUUCACCAGUUAAGAAGGAAGCAACCAAUGGACCAAGUACAGUUAAAACCCCACAGGCACCACCUCCCCCACCACCACCACCAGUAUUACAUCCCACAAACAAAGCUGAUGUUGCAGAAAGAAAGGCUCCAACAUGUCCCUCCUUGCCACCACCUCUACCACCACCCCUACCCCCAAUGCGGCCUCUAGCAAGGGCAACUACUGCUCCAAAAACUCCAGCAAUUGUAGAAUUCUAUAAUUCAAUAAGAAAGCAAGAGGGUAAGAGAGAUUCUCCAGGACUGCGUGGUCAGUAUAAACCAGCAACAAGUAGUGCACACAGCAGCAUAGUUGGAGAGAUUCAAAAUCGUUCCGCACAUCUGUUAGCUAUAAAAGCAGAUAUUGAAACAAAGGGUGAUUUCAUCAAUGGUCUUAUCCAGAAAGUGCUAGCUGCAGCUUAUACAGAAAUUGAGGAUGUGUUAAAAUUCGUAGAUUGGCUUGAUGGCGAACUCUCAUCUUUGGCUGAUGAACGAGCUGUGUUAAAGCAUUUCAAGUGGCCGGAGAAGAAAGCAGAUGCAAUUAGAGAAGCGGCUAUUGAAUAUCGUGGCCUUAAACUAUUAGAAAGUGAGAUAUCUUCAUAUAAGGAUGACACUAAUAAUCCAUGUGGAACUGCCUUGAAAAAGAUGGCUGUCUUACUUGACAAGUCAGAGCGGAGCAUUCAAAGGCUGAUUAAACUUCGAAAUUCAGUUAUGAAUUCUUAUCAGGCUUGGAAAAUUCCAACUGAUUGGAUGCUUGAUUCGGGAAUUGUGAGCAAGAUAAAGCAGGCUUCUAUGAGGCUAGCAAAGAUGUACAUGAAGAGAGUGAUAACAGAGCUUGAAUUGGCCCACAAUUCUGAUAGGGAAUCCAAUCAAGAAGCACUCCUGCUUCAAGGUGUGCAUUUUGCAUAUAGGGCUCACCAGGUAAUGCAUGAGUGA